AUGAAGGUUUCGAUUUCGAUAAGAAAGCUUCUCUGCUUGAUUGUGAUAAUGGUCAUAUUUGUGAGUGCAAAAUGCAGACAACCAGUGUUGCACAGAGUUGGUGGAGGAAAAUAUACUUGGAAACCAUCUAUCAAUUUCACAGAAUGGGCGAGUCAUGAACAAUUCUAUGUUGGGGAUUGGCUUUAUUUUGGAUUCAAUAUCAGCCGCUAUAAUGUGCUGGAGGUGAACAAGACAAGCUAUGAGGAGUGCAUUGACAAAGAUUUCAUAAAAAAUAUCACAAGGGGUGGAAGAGAUGUGUUUAAUCUCACAGAGGCAAAGCCAUUCUAUUUUAUUAACAGUGGUAGCUACUGUUUUAAGGGUAUGAAGCUUGCAGUCUAUGUUGAAAAUCCUCCUCAUGAACCAGCUGCGGCAUAUUCAGUGCCAAGAAAUUGUUCUCCAACGAAUACUUAUGGCAACAUUGUUCUUCUUCCUUUGCUUGGCUAUCUUGCAGUGUGGAUCUUCCUCCAGUUAAGCUAA